AUGAGUCGAAAUUUAUUCCUACGAAUUGCCAAUGCUGUUAAAGGCCAUGACAACUAUUUUGUGCAACGGAAGGAUAGAAUCGGUAGACUGCGCUUAUCUACUUUACAAAAAGUUACAGCGGCGUUUCGAAUUUUGGCGUACGGAAUACCAGCAGAUGCAGCAGAUGAGUAUAUCCAGAUUGGAGAAUCAACUGCACGUGAAAAGGUCUUUGGGGAGCGAUAUCUAAGAGCACCUGAUGCUAAUGAUGUUGCACGGUUGCUUCAAAUUGGUGAAAAAGGUGGUUUUCCAGGGAUGCUUGGGAGUUUAGAUUACAUGCACUGGACUUGGAAAAAUUGUCCAACUGGCUGGGCUGGACAAUAUGCUGGGCGGAGUAGAGAACCAACUAUUAUUCUUGAAGCUGUAGCUGAUUAUGAUUUGUGA